AAAAUGGACAAAGAGAAUCAGUCUGUAGUAUCAGAAUUUGUGUUUCUGGGACUCGGAAAUUCAUGGAAUAUUCAGACCCUACUCUUCCUGAUAUUUUUGAUGCUUUAUCUAAUGAUUCUGUCUGGAAAUAUUGCUGUCAUGAUCUUAAUCAUCCUGGACCCUCAACUUCAUUCUCCCAUGUACUUCUUGUUGGCCAAUCUGUCGUUUGUUGACAUGUGGCUUUCCUCAGUGACAACCCCUAAGAUGAUCACAGACUUUCUCAGGGAGGUCAAGACCAUUUCCUUCGGAGGUUGCAUGUGCCAGAUCUUCUUUGCCCAUUUCAUAGCAGCAAGUGAGAUGGUUCUCCUGGUGGUAAUGGCCUAUGACCGCUAUGUGGCCAUCUGCAAACCACUGCACUACUCCACCAUCAUGAGCCUGCACAGGUGCACUGGGCUGGUGGCGAUUGUGUGGACAGCUGGCUUUGUGCAUUCCAUGAGCCAACUGGUUGUCAUUGAGAAACUGCCUUUCUGUGGGCCCAGGGAAAUAGACAGCUUCUUCUGUGAUAUACCACUGAUAACGAAGCUGGCCUGCAUGGAUUCCUAUAAUUUGGACAUUUUAAUAAACGUAGACUGUGGGCUUGUGGCUGUAACCUGCUUUGUUGUGUUGCUGAUCUCCUACACAUACAUUCUUCUCACUGUCCGCAAAAGCUCCAAAACAGGUGCUUCCAAGGCACUGUCCACCUGCACUGCCCACAUCAUGGUGGUGGUGAUCUUCUUUGUGCCCUGCAUCUUCAUCUACGUGUGGCCACUAAACAUCACCUGGCUGGACAAAUUUCUUGCUGUCUUUUACUCUGUUUUUACUCCUCUCCUAAAUCCAGCCAUUUAUACACUAAGGAAUAAGGAGAUGAAAAAUGCUAUGAAAAGAUUGAGAAGCUAUUAUAUGGAUUCCAAGGGCAGAGUAUAA